UUAUUUAAUACAAGGAUUAGAAAAGAAAGUAUUUUAUUUUUUAUUCCGAAUUAAAUGAUAUAUCGUAGUUCAAAAUGCGCGCGUAAAGAUUUUCAGCGCCAUUUUUCGAAUGCAACUCUCGAAUAUAAUCGAUACUGCUCAUGAUCGAUUUAUAGCGUUAAAAUAUAACGUACAACUGUCAGUUUUCGGCGGGAAGUGCAACAAAAAGUACCUCAUUUUCAACUGCUCGUCAUUUUCUGGAUUUAGUCUUUCUUAUUACUAGGUUUUCAUUAUGUUCACUUUUGGUAUUUAUAAUAUUUUUUAUUUCAAUACAACUGCAUUUCUGAGCAAUUAAUACCACGAUUUUAUAAAUUUUUUAUAAAACAACAUUAUUUCCUACUAUGAAACACUAUUAUCACCAUGCAGAUCUGUACUAUCAAUCCGUUUGCCGACAAGCAACAACGACAAUCAAUUAUCGAAGAGAAAAAUAAAAUUAAGAUAAAUCACGAUGAAUGUUGCAACUGCUGUUGUUGUACAACUCAACGUACAUGCUAUAAAUAUGUGCAACCGGAAGUACCGAAGUCCUUUGCCCCAAUUCGCUAUUAUUGGAAAUCGGGUAUCCCAAUAGAUGAUAACACUACGUAUCGACUUUCCUAUUGGGAAUGCCCGAGUCUUCCUGUAGAUCCUAUUCCACCCCGAAAUUGGCUAGUUGUCGGAGAUGGAGACAUAUCAGACGAAACAACAUACAAAAACAGUUAUUUUAAUCACUUAUGCGUAAAACCUGAAUCACCUUGUAUACCUUGCGAAAAACAAUGGCUCGGUAGAGGCUCUAUACAGGAUGUUACGACUCAAAAACACGACUACACAUGGAAGUCUAUACCACAAGUAGAACCUUACAAAGCGCAAACUAAUUUAUACUGUUCACCUGCACCGCUAGUCGACGAUACAACAUAUAAAUUGAGUUACUAUCAGUCCGGUUGUAAUCUGCCUACACUGUCUUAUGCUCCUAUAAGGAAUUAUGUUAAACCAGAUGUUCCAAUGGAAAAUCAUACAACAUAUAAUCUUAGUUACUGGCCAAAUGAGCCUAUGAAGGAAGAACCUUUAUGGAAAAAAGGAGAAUAUAAACCACCUGUCGAACCAAUAGAUGGAUGUACAACUUACAAAUUAAGUUAUUGGCCACAUUCGGAGAAAAGACGUUCACCAAUCAAAACACAGGAAAGUGAUAAUAUUUUAAAUGCUGGUUGUUGCACCGAUGAUAACACAACUUAUCGUCUAAGUUAUUUCGGCUGUGGGGGAGAUAAAGAAAGUCUGAUUCGUCGACCUGAUAAUAUUCACUUCUCGUCUUGUCCUCUAUCUUAUGACACUAUACAUCGGAUGAGUUUUUUGGGCAAUUGGUGUGUUAAACAAGCACCACCGAUUAUACCUUGUGAUAAACAAUUAUUAGGUAGAGGGCCCAUGCAAGAGGUAACCACACAGAAACAUGAUUAUACAUGGAAAAAUAUACCAUUAAAACCAGAUGCUCGUCACGCAGAUCAUCUUGUUCCUGCGUGUUCACCUAUCGAAUGUUGCACUACUUACAAACUUUCCUUCUUAGAAAAUGAUACUAAAUCGUUAACGCCUACUCUUAACUAUGCACCAAUACGUACAUACCGCCCGUCAGAUGUUCCAAUGAAAGCGGAAACUAUUAUGCAGUUGAGUUAUCAGCCCAUGGAGAGUGGAGAUAAAGUUGAAAAACCAUGGAGCGAGAAGUCUACUUAUCAAUUUCCAGUUACUCCAAUGGAAGAUAAUACUACGUACAAUAUGAGUUAUAUUCCACCCGCAAACUUACAUGUACGUACAAUGUAAUGACUAGGAAAAUGAAUCUUCGAAUCCGCUAUAAAAAUGUGAGUAAUAUUUUAUUAUAUAUACAAAAUAUUAUAUUACAGAUAAAUUCUAAAGAAAUAUAAAUCAUCAAGGAC